AUACAUUUUUGGUUAACAAUUUUGUUAUGUCUUUGGUCUUACAGCUUUAGGGGACACAUCGAAUUGAAGCGAAAAGUCACACAGACAGGGUUGUUCUUGAACAAUCCCUUUUUGUAGGGUUUGAAGUGUGUGAUAAAAGAGUGAAACCAAAACUGAAACUGAAGCCGUUUUUGGGUGAAAAAGAAGAUUUUUUUGGAAGAUGAUUGCUGAGAAACCUCUUUGGGUUAGACAUGAGGGCAUGCAAAUUUUCUCCAUUGAUGUUCAGCCAGGUGGGCUUAGGUUUGCUACUGGUGGUGGUGAUCACAAGGUUCGUAUAUGGAAUAUGAAGUGUGUUUCUACUACUGACUCAACAAAUGACGAGCCUUCUCAGAGGCUUCUUGCAACCCUGCGGGAUCAUUUUGGGUCUGUUAACUGUGUAAGGUGGGCUAAGCAUGGAAGGUAUGUUGCAUCUGGGUCAGAUGAUCAGGUGAUAUUAAUUCAUGAGAGGAAGCCUGGUUCAGGUACUACAGAAUUCGGUAGUGGAGAAGCACCGGAUAUUGAAAACUGGAAAGUUGCAAUGACAUUGAGAGGGCACACUGCCGACGUGGUGGAUCUUAAUUGGUCACCUGAUGAUUCCACAUUGGCUAGUGGGAGUUUGGACAACACCAUUCAUAUAUGGAAUAUGAGUAAUGGCAUUUGCACAACUGUUCUAAGGGGCCACUCUAGCCUUGUUAAGGGGGUUGCUUGGGAUCCUAUAGGAUCUUUUAUAGCAAGUCAAUCUGAUGAUAAAACCGUCAUUAUCUGGAAAACUAGUGAUUGGAGUCUUGCUCACAAGACAGAUGGUCAUUGGGCUAAAUCACUUGGAUCAACCUUCUUCAGGCGGCUUGGUUGGUCUCCAUGUGGUCAUUUUAUCACCACAACUCACGGUUUCCAGAAGCCAAGGCAUUCUGCCCCUGUGCUUGAGAGAGGGGAAUGGGCUGCAACAUUUGACUUCUUAGGACACAAUGCUCCAAUUAUUGUGGUCAAGUUCAACCAUUCGAUGUUCAAAAAGAAUUUGUCUAGUGCUGAGGAAGUCAAGUCUGUGCCUGUUGGGUGGUCCAAUGGUGCUUCCAAGACAGGAAACAAAGAGCCACAGCCAUACAAUGUUAUUGCAAUUGGAAGUCAGGAUCGAACUAUAACCGUAUGGACUACUGGAAGUCCUCGUCCUCUUUUUGUGGCCAAGCAUUUUUUUACUCAAAGCGUUGUGGAUUUAUCCUGGAGCCCUGAUGGGUAUUCACUUUUUGCAUGUUCCUUGGACGGAUCUGUUGGUAUAUUUCAUUUUGAUGCGAAAGAACUAGGUCAGAGACUUAGUGAUGCCGAGCUAGAUGAGUUGAAGAGAAGUCGCUAUGGUGAUGUGAGAGGCCGUCAAGCAAACUUAGCUGAGAGUCCAGCACAGUUAUUGCUUGAAGCAGCUGCUACCAAGCAAACACCAAGCAAAAAGAUGGUUUCUAGUCAGCAAAACCAGACAAUUGCAAAAACUUAUGUUGAUACACGUGUUGGUGCAAAGAAUGUGGAGCCUCAAGUUGAUCAUAAUAAGAAGGGCGGAGGUCCUGUUGGUGAUGCGUUAAACAAAGGGAAUAUAGCCCUGUCAACCUCUGCGGCUGCACGAAUUUCUAGCCCCGUCAAGCAAAGGGAGUAUAGACGUCCUGAUGGAAGGAAAAGAAUUAUUCCUGAAGCAGUUGGAGUGCCGGUUCAGCAAAAAAACAUUUCUAGUGCGGUUCAAACCCAAGCACUUGACUUCCCUCUAGUGUCUUCUGAUCACCAAAGGGGUACCAAUGGAAUUGUAUCUAAAGACGAUAGUGUAAGAGCAAGCACCUCUGGUGGAGCACUUGGCAGGAAUUCAGAUUUUAAAGAACGUUCAGGGGUAACCGCCAGGGCUACAAUUUCUGAGAGCCUAGUGAUUGAGAAGGUUUCGGCUUCUUCUGACGGAGAUGGAAUCAUCAAUGUUGAGCAGUUGGGAAAUUCGACAGCUACUGGUUCUCAUGCCACUCUUUCCAUUAGGAUAUUUGACAAGAAAGGUGGGGAUGAUACUUUGCCUAUUUGCUUGGAAGCACGACUGAGAGAACAUACUGUGAAUGACACUGUAGGAAUGGGAAAUGCAUCCAUGAUGAGAGAAACAGAAAUUGCUUGCACAAGGGGGCCUCAAACACUUUGGUCUGAUAGAAUAUCAGGAAAAGUCACUGUUUUAGCUGGAAAUGUAAAUUUUUUGGCGGUUGGUUGCGAGGAUGGUUGUCUACAGAUUUACACAAAGUGUGGGAGACGAGCAAUGCCUACCAUGAUGAUGGGAUCUGCUGCAAUAUUUGUAGACUGUGAUGAAAGCUGGAAACUGUUGCUGGUGACAAGAAAAGGAUCUCUUUAUUUGUGGGAUUUAUUCAACCGAACCUGUCUCCUUCAAGACUCGUUGGCUUCUCUUGUUGCGUCAAGUCCUAGCUCAUCUGCUAAAGGAACCAUUAAAGUUAUAUCUGCAAAGCUAUCAAAAUCUGGUUCUCCUCUAGUUGUUUUGGCCACUCGUCAUGCUUUCGUAUUUGACAUGAAUCUCAAGUGUUGGUUAAGGGUUGCUGAUGACUGCUUCCCUGCAUCAAAUUUUGCCAGUUCUUGGAGUUUGGGCUCAAUUCAAAGUGGUGAACUGGCUGCUUUGCAGGUUGAUGUUAAAAAAUAUUUGGCCCGGAAGCCAGGUUGGACUAGAAUGACUGAUGAUGGAGUGCAGACACGUGCUCACUUGGAAGCUCAGUUGGCCUCUUCUUUGGCUUUGGGAUCCUCCAAUGAAUAUCGCCAAUGCCUAUUGUCUUAUGUUCGCUUUCUUGCAAGAGAAGCUGAUGAAUCUCGAUUACGAGAAGUCUGUGAGAGUUUCCUUGGACCUCCAACAGGCAUGGCUGAAGACGCAUCAUCAAAUAAGAGUUUGGCAUGGGAUCCUGUUGUGCUUGGAAUGAAGAAACACAAACUCCUUAUCGAAGACAUUCUUCCAGCCAUGGCAUCAAAUAGGAAAGUCCAGAGACUGCUCAACGAAUUCAUGGAUCUCGUAUCCGAAUACGAAAUUGCUGAUGCUAAUAAUCAUGAUCAAAGAAAUCCACUGUUACUCAAAACAUCUUCACCUGUCACCAAUCUAAUAGAGAGUGGUCCAUUAGAAACAUAUGUACAGGACACUCCCGAGGAUGCAAUAUACAGCAAGGACAUCAUUGAUCAAGUCGAAAAAAGUCUCGCAAAUUUCCCUCCCGUACUUGCAAAUGAAGCAAGUGCACAUGAUCAAAUUGUUCAGGAUACACCAGAUCAGGAAUGAGUUUCUUGAAUUCUGCAUCUUAGUUUUUUGAAGUGUUAUUCAACCUAUAUAGGAUUUUAUCAACAUGGCUGAACAAUGAAUCUACUUUAACAUUUGCAUUUUGUUACAUAUAUUAUUAUGCUCUAGAAAUUUUACCAAUAGGAAGCAAUGAUAAGCUUUCUAUUGAUGGUCAAAGCAACUGUCUAGCUCAACACUUUGAGCUCUACUAACAGGCCACAAUUCUAUGGUAGCAAAAGUUGAUAUAUAUAGUUUCUCCCAUCAAAAUUAGAUAUUGUUAAGGAUACAUUUGGAAGAUUUCUUUUUAAUUUUGUCCAAUAGCUAUGGAAAAUAUAUAUCUUUUAUAAUAUGUGACUA